AUGGUCUUUUAAAGAACAUAGAUUACCUCGUUACCCAUAUACCCAUACCACCUCGCCGCCGCACAGAGCCGUAGUGCGAUUUUGGAGCUCGCAACGCUACCGCCAACUUUGCUGUCAACGCCCUUCGCCGUAGCGUAGCCUUCAGGGCUUAGUUUCAAGUGUUGCUGGUGAUAUUCUGACUUGUACGUAAAGAUGAGACUGCUAACACAUAACAUGCUGUCAUCGAACAUAAAGGGUGUGGUGAAUGGAUUCCCAUUGCGCAUUGAAGCAGAGAAAGUGGUGGAAAAGACUGUGGAAAUGAAUAGCGAGUUUCUGAAAAAGAUGUUUGAGAAGGUUGAUUGGAAAGCUUUUGUUGAUGCAUCACGGGCCAUGGGAUACACUGAACUACCUGAGGAGGUCGACUCUUCCAUUCUGGACUCUGAUGAAUUUCUGAACAGGUUUCACCAUGCUCUCUUGGAACUCCACCUUGAGGAAGGGGCUCUUGUUUGCCCUGAGACUGGACGACGUUUUCCUGUUAACAAGGGCAUUCCAAAUAUGCUUCUUCACGAGGACGAGGUCUGAGUUUUGUUGUUAUUCAUAACCUCUACCUGUUUAGUGGCACUCGUUUUUUGGACACUAUAGUUAAGAAUGCUGGUAAUGGAACUGCAGACUUUAAAAGAUGUGGCUGUCAAGUUUACCUUCUUUUUACCAACGCAUGAUGUAUCCUUUGGCUGGGCUGUACUGGAUAGUUUGACUAUUCCUGAAUGCAGGUUGCAUUAAACUGCAGCAUUAGAAAUUAGCUUAAAAAAUUUCUUUACAUGCUUGUGUUUUUUAGUACUAUUUACUGCUUUUUGUGUUGAUGCUAAUGCCUAUUGAUUGGAGUUUCUUCCCUUUUGAUCA